AAUCGUAUUACACUGAACAAGCGAGAAUUAGAUGCAAGACGAGAAUCGAUUAUACCGAUCUAUCGAACGUUCGGUGGCAAACUUCGGUUCCUUCUCGAAUAGGUAUACAUAACCUGUCAAACAUCAGACAACUGUUUUAGAUAGGCUGAUGUACGAGUUCAUCGGAUAUACAUCGACUAUGAAAACAUUAAAGUUCUAGAAUUUCAUGAAAAUCCAUGGCUGUUGCAGACAACUGCGUCUAAAUCGUAGGAUACGGCAGUUGAAAUUUUAUGCGAUCGCGUGAUCACGUCUCCUCCACAAGUUUUCCUGACUCGGAUGCAACGGAAUGUCUGAAUAUAUAAUAAUCAAAGAAUGUUUCUCAUGGUGAACAAGAAAGUAGAAGUGCCAAGAGCAGCAAGCUGAAUCAGAAGUUAAGGAGUUAACGAUUAUUUUCCAUGGUUCUUAAGCAUUAACAAACGAGGAAAAAGUUCCUAUACCAACCACUGUAUCGUGUUUACAGGUACUGGGCCAACGUGAACGUAUUGUAGCCAAGUAUACGUUGCGGAGGACCACGGGCAGUAUAACACAUAAAACGGGCGCAUAAACGAGAUGCUAUCGGAGUUGGAGGAGGUUCCGCGUAAUCUAUCCAAUUAUCGUUCGAUCAGAGCUGUAUCCGUGAUUGUUGGGACCCCCAGCCACCGGGAGAAACUUGACUGCGAUAAAGAGCAUAAGGGAUGUCUGCACAGAAGUUUCUUAUCCUAUAUACUCUAUUACAAACCGAAUAAUAUCGAGAAAAGCAAAGCAAGCGUUUUAGAGAGAAAAUAAAAAUUACAAUAAAACAUUGUAAUAACACUACUAAUAAUAAUUACCGGUAACCAAUACAAUUUUAUCUUUAAAAAAACAAUGAAUAAAUCUUUUGGUUCAGCAUAUCCACUCGUCGCCAUCCAGCUAGUUAUCAACGAUUUAUUAGUUAUCGAGCAUAGAACCACUUGCUUCUUCAUCGAACUCGAUUCACGGUUCGGUUUCGCAGGGUGGGGUCACCGAAGGUUGCGCAACUCGUGGCUAUUGCGCGGCGGUGCUGCCUUCCACACGAUUGCCACUUUAAGUGCGCCAUAAUGGCAGUGGGCUCGCUAAGAAGAACGCGAUCUUAAGAAACGGCUCACGGUGCCUUAGCACAGGGCUCGCCGUCUGUCUCGGUUUCGCUCGCUCUCUCGUAAGGCUAGCUGUCUCGAUCGCUCAGGGCCCCGCGGAUGCGGAUCGCCGUUGGGCCUUUCACUGGGGCCUGCGGGCUACAGGUCGCGACCUCAACGUGGUCCACUCCCUCUUCCCUUCCCGCCCCUUCGUUCUUUCUCCUCCUGUUUCUUUCGACUCCUUCGCCGCUCUCCAUCCUUCUCCUUCUUCCCUCCACCUCCAUCCUGCCUCCUUUUCUUUUUCUCCAAACAUUUUUACCUCCCUUCUCUCUUACCUUUGUGCUUUACCUAACCCGGCUCCCUUUGCCUACUCGCUCUUCUCCGUCUUCGCUCCACCGCCGUCUCGUUGCCACUCUCCUCUCGUCCCCGUUGUCCAAGAUACCCCGAGUCGUCUAUUCUUAGUCACUCUCGUUAAACGAACCCAACACGGUGAUCAAUGGGAGUUUCCAACGGCUUAACUUCAUCCGGUGGAUAGAUGCAUCUCUGGCCGGAUAGAUUUGGGUUAUCGCCGGGCGGGAUGUUCGAUCGAAGGUUGACAACGUGAAAACGGGUUCCUUUCUACCUUCCUUGGAAAUGUAGGAGAUGCGCUCCGCUCGUGAUAUCGACGUAGGUUCGCGACGUUCCCGCGAGAAGAAGCGGCUUGCCCUGAUUUUCGAAUCGAGCGCAUACGUACAUCGGCCGACUCGUGAUCACGACCUCCGCGAUCGGAAGAGCUUAAUCAUGUCCCGGGAACGUUGUAUAUGCGGCGUAUACGCGACGAGUGCUAUAACUUGGUGGAGAGAGAAGAAUCGUUUAUUCAUUUCAACGUACAUAUAUAGGAAUCAAUUUUACAGUCGAGUCACUUAAUUUCUUCUGACUACGAUUAACCUUAUGUUCCACUUCUAUUUAGUAAUCGGAAUUUAAUCGAUCGUUCAUCGACCAACGCACAAGAGGAUUACGCGAAUUUCUCGGCUGCCUCGGUUUUAUUUACGCUUCAUCACGGUCGCCUCGUUAGGAGGAACACUCGCGGCUGUAAUUAACUCUCCAAAGGCUCGCCUUUGGAAUUUAUGCCGAUACAAUUUUUAUCAUAGAUUCUGCUACUUCUUUCUAACUGUAUACACAUCGGAUAGAUCGACGUAUACCAUCGAUUGAGCUCCGUUAUCGUUGCGUAACGAGCUUGAAAACGCACGAGAAUGAUCCUUGAUCGUAGUCCAGAUACGUUUGAAAGAUUCUUCAGACAAUUGUUCUCGAGUUGUUUUUUUUUUUUUCAAAUUGUGUGUUCGUUUAAGAGCAACAAGUUUUUUUAUAAAUAAUCAUAUUUCUCUUCAUUGUUUAUCAAUCGACUCCUGCGACGAAACUUUCAGAAUACGAAACUCGGUAUUAAUCUAGACAAUUCUCUUUUUCAGAUGGUUAUCCCCAAUAUCGAAUCGUGAUAAAUACUUUGAAGAAGAGCUUGCUAUAAUUUCACUCUCAAGUGGACACGUACCUUUCGACCGCAAUUUGUUCAAAUAAUUCGAAAGCAUCGGAUAUAUUAAUUUCACGCGGGUGAAGGGUACCCCGCGGUAAUUUUCAAAUUACAAGUUGGCCGCAGGCGAAGUACAGACCGUGGCCGUUCAGCCACACUGGCCUUUAAGACAUUGUCUAAAUAAUAGUCUAAUGGAUAAGGUAUUCCAGGGCUGGGACCAGGCCGAUGGUGCCGCUUCCAAGAGUUGCUGCAUUGUGGUUACGCCAGUGUUUUAGAGGUUCUGGAAGUGGGUGCUCGGGCCGUUUUCUCCGGCAAACUGCCUCGUCUCUGGAUCCCCGGCUUGCACUUCAUUGGCCGCUCAACGGUCGUUGCUAACCCGGUUCUUGAAGAUUCAUCCCGUGUGUCUCGUGCCGACGUGGCCUGAGCUCUUAUGGUUCCUGAACGUAUUUACGCGAGGUACUCGAGUGAUCAUCCUCCGACGGAAGUCCUUGGAUGGACGACUUCUCCGAUGUGAAAAAAGUGUUCGAAAGGUUAAUCUCAUUACGAGACCCUUGGGAUCGAGAUGCGGCCGGAGAUCGGGAAGAUUUCUCAACACGAGGGAGCUUUGAUGUCGGAAGAAUUGACACUGGUUAUCGCCGGUGAAGCAAAUAAUCAUCUCGACGAUGCUCUUUCGAAAAGAAACAUAGAAGCUAUAGCAGCGAAGAAGCGCGGUAACGACGAGUGGAGAUCAUAACAGUUACCUUCCAGGAAUCAAUUGGAUCGCGAUUCCGAACAGUUAUACCAAUGCCAUUCCCUGUCCUAGACAAUCGUGCUUGACAGUUGCAGUACAAAGAAGCUUUCUCGACCACGAUCCUUCGAGCCGAAAGAAAUUCUCUAAUUAAAAACUCUGAACAAGAAGAGGAAGAAACUGACAGAGUUCGUUCACCCGUGUAUCUCGAAAUGGACGAAAGUUUCACCUCGGAAAGUUGGAAGUUUCGGUACAAAUUGUCCUUGAGAUGAACCAACUGUCACGUUCAUUUUGCCGAUAACACAUUUCUUAAGAAAACGAUUGUUACACAUCCGGAUUUAUCUAGAUUUACAAAGCAACAUCAUAAAAUAAAUUGUCAAGCUUAACACAAUUCUUCCUCGAACGUUAUAAUGGCUGCCGCACGAUGUUGCUCAUUAAUUCUGUUAAUUUGUGGCGUAAUCGAAUGAGAAUCUGGGAACGUUAUCUUCAACUGGAUAAUGUUUCACGUGUAUCAUAGCAUUACUCUUUCUAUGGUUUCUACCUAUGAAUGGAAGAAGACGAAUUGCGUAAUGAUAUUCUUUUUUCUUUUCUUUCUUUUUUUUUUCAACUCUUUCUUUUAUCCUUUAUAUUAUUCGCGAAGGAUUAUCAUACAAUGAGAUUACACGGAUGAACGUCUAAAAAUAUAACGGGUUUAUGACGGGUUUGAACAGUGUCAAGCGGUAAAUAAUACGCUGUUAAUUUGUGGCGGCCAUCUGACGCGGGGCUUAGCGCGUUUACUUACGGUUUCCGGCGAGCAAGAAAUCGCACCGUCCGAUAAUCAUCUGCAAUGUUAUCUGGCUCACGAUCACGAACCGUGUCCUCAGUCUGAUAUGGCUAAAUUAGUUCUGGGAACGCGAUUACCUGCUACCAUGCAAAUUGAAGUAACAUGGAGCGUUACGCCCCUCUGGUUACGUAUGUAUGCUUGCGUAUAUUUAAAAGGAUUAUUGCUUCCUCGGAAAAAAAUUUGACACCAAGUUUUACGCGCCAACCCAAUCGAUACCAACCGACCAACUAAAAGUGAACUCAAGUGCACACGGUAGCACGUGUCUUCUUCGUUGCGAGAAAAAGCAAUAAGAUAUAUGGUAGCAAGGAUAACGAUCAUCCACCGAUCGUGCAGGGAAAGGAAGAACUCGAAGAACCACCUACGGCUCCUUCAUCGUGAUGCAAACACUUGGAUAACAGCUGGAAUCGAUUCAACGACGCCACGCGUGGAAAGUAAACGGGUCCAUCGGAUUUUAAUGGGACGAAUACACUAUGAAUGAAGGUUUUACCUGGAAAACGGAAAUCGAGGGAUGGAAGCGGGAGGUGAUUCGCAGACUUUUCCCCGUGGGAAUGGAACAUUUACGAAGUGGCGUGGAGCAGAAGCACUCGCAUUCCGAGGUAAAUAGCGAGCGAGCCGGCCGGUGCAACAAAAACAUCGGACGUUAGGCGAAUUCGAGAUGAGAAACCGUUCCUUUCGAGAGAGAAUUAUUCAAAUUGCCGAUGAACCCGCCAGUUGGAACAGUGUUCCACGGCGAGCACUGUAACAAGUACGUAGAAGCGGCGGGCUGUUCGCGCGCGCGCACUCGAGAACAACUCGAAACGAGGAGCUCUGCAGGAAAUAAUGUCGUGGGAUUGUUUCGCGCGCUAUCAAGGUUUCACCGGCUCGUUUCGAGGCCACACGUCCCUCUGGAUGUUGAAUAAAUGAACGUGCGCCUUGGAAUAUCGCGGAGGAAACGAUGCUUUGACGGAUCGUAAAUCGGAUAAACGAAUGUGAACAGGUAUUUAAACGGAAAUGCUCGUAUCAUUAAGGACCAAGCCGUGAAAGGGAGGCAUAAAGGAAAUGUCGCGUAUGUACGAUAAUAUUGAAAAAUUUAAGUAAAAUAACUUAUUACUUUUUUCAAACAGUGUAUUCAGAUAUACUCAGACAGAAAUGGAAGAUCUCUAUAAAAGAACUGUAAUUAUCGAAAAGUUCAGAUUCGAUGACGUGAAAUUGAAUAUUCGGAUCGAAGAACUCGGAGAGAGAAGAACUCGAGGAUGAUGUUGACUCAUUUACGUGUACACGGUCAUCGCGGAUCGGCUCGAUGACUAAUCCCGAUCCGGACAAGGGUAACCACUUUCAAGCAAUACCGAAAUAACGGUCAUCGGCGGGAAGGCAAAUUAACCUGGCCGACUUCGAGACUUCGCUACCGUGGAAAAAAUUGGAAAUCACAAUGGUCGAUCCUUAAACGGUCGCGCGGCAUUUAAUUUUACUCGGCCCUCGUCGUUUUCACCGUAUAAUUCCGAUCGUCGAUACCGACGAGCCGCGAACAAAGAGAGGAUCUUGGAUAAAUAGCGGGCGUGCUCGUCCUCCUCCGGUUUCCGCCACGAUUUAACGGGAGUUAAUACUGUAACAAGGACAACGAUUGUCUGUAAUUUCUUCAUUUUGUCUACGAUUGGUGUGUGUACGGUGAGAAAUUUAUAUCGAAAAGGAGCGAUCGAUGAUUAUUUCAAUUCUAUAGAUUUUGUUGGAAAGGAUAUCAUGCAUAUUCAUGCAUACAUUUUAUAACAAUUAUUUAUAACUGAGAUACGAAAAGAUUACGAGGUGAAAAAAUGACCGUCUUAUGCAAUCAUUAACGAGACUUUAUCAUCCUGUAUUAUCGAAGAGCGGUUUUAUAAAAUUCGUUCUUACCUCGAACCAAUUAACUGGCGAAUUUAUAUAUCUUCCCAAUAUUAUACGAAGCAUCCUUUUCUUAACGCGUAUAUAUGCCUGGCAUCGAUAUUAAAAAUAAAUGGUGUUUAAGAAAGCCGUGCCGAUACUCGAGCCCGAAAUAAGAACUUUAACUUUCCUGUUCUAAAAGGCAGCACGGGAAUUAAUAACCGCGAUCGCGUAAAACGUAAUUAAAAGCAAAAAAUAUAUCGGAUAACCAAUUUUCGGCUUAACGAGCCUUCUCCUCUCGGGGCUGGAUACGAUCAAAUUAGCGUUUCGGUAUUUAUUUCCGGUCAUCCGGUGACCGUUCGCACGGAUUCCCAGGCGAAGGUGGGGCAAGAAAUGGCUUCCAAUCUCGUCCGGAAAGUGAUCAUCGUUGCCUCGAGUCGCACGAUUAAGGACGCCGAAGAGAAGAAUCUUCAAAAAUACCGGUCACGGCCGAGUGUCAUCGCUGCCAGGUAGAAGAUAAAAUCGGCCAAUCUACGCGAAUCCCUUCCUCUCCCUCCCCUCUUCUAUUCCCCUCUCUUUCUUAUCGGUGAACCGAUAAAAGGCGGUUUAUACGCGAGCACGUUACAUGAAGAAAAGGGCGGCGGCGAACAGGGAGGGAAAAAGAAGACGAGGAGGAUGGUGAUCCCGAAAGGCGGACGAACGAGAGAAAGAGAGACGGCCGUUCGUUUUAAUCGCUAAUCGCCAAUUACCUGGGGCGUCCCGCGCCCCAAACCCCCACAAACAUUUUAACGAGCCGCCGUGUCGCCCGGCCCGGAAUUUUACUUCUGGACGCUCGGCUUUCAAGUCGUCCAGGAUCCGUUUCGGACCCCGCAACCGUAUCUCUUCCCUCGAACCGUUUCUCUCCUCCCUUUAACCUGUCUCCCUUCCUCGUCCACGCUCUUUCCACCUGUCUCCAUCUUUCGCGUUAGGAUUCGAGACUCUAACGUUCGAGCGUGCGUGGUGUGUGUGUGUGUGUACGCGCAUGCGCCCGUACCAAUUAGCGCAUACUUGGACGCGCAGUGUGUUCGAGUGUGGCACGAACGGUCGUCGGUCGGUUUUGGACAGAGAUCGCGGAAUCGUUCGAAUCGUUCCAAGGCUCGUUUCGAGGCUUGGAUGUUCUCUCCUCCAACAGGAAUUAUCGUGGUUCCUGGAUGGCUGGAGGUCGUAACGGGGCGCAGACAAUGAGCCUGCUUGCUAAUAGGAGGCGAUUAGUCACGGACCGGCUAAGAAUCGAGGUAAAGGUAAAGGAGCUACCUGAGAUCCCGGUGUGUUUCGGAUAAAUGACACCGGGUAGCGGGAUUAUCGCGCGGGAUAGCGGGAAAAAAGGGACGGGUUCAACGGCGGCCAGGGCUUUCCUUUAGAUUUUCGUAACGGUUCUGGCGGGAUGUUUCACGACGUCAAGAUUAAGUGUACACCACUGUGGGAGCUAAGUAAUAACUGCCAAUGGAAUUAGAGACGUUGCACGGUCGCGUAUACGCCACCACGGUGGAUGGUGUAUACGUGACUGUGCCGUGGACGAGAUUUUUAUCCGAUGACGGGGAUAUCUAUAAACACGAAACCGAGAUAUAGGAAGGGAAUGUUUGGAUUCCCAUUUGAGGAAUUCGUCGGAACGAAUUAUUAUAUCCGUCGAUGACGAUGGGAAUCCAAAGAUAAAAUUGAUAAGCUUAAAUUAACUAAAGUUGUCAAUUAUUGUGCAAUUAUCGUGCUCGCGUGAUUCGAUUGUUCACACACUCGAUAUGUCACUUUCCAUUCGUCAAACCAAACCUCUCUAAAAAUUUCCAGUAUCAAAAUUUUUCACAUCACAAGUUUUCUUUUUUUCGUAUCAAUUAUUUUUAACCGCUUUAACCACUCUCUCGCUUAAUCCAUAAAUUUCAAUAGUUUCAACGUCAAACUACUAUUAUCGAUUUUAUUCGAGAUGUCCUGCUUCGGUGGUCGCAACGAGCAGAUCUACAUAAUCGAAAUACUGAUCCACAAGUUGACAUUGACGAAGAACAAGAUCAAAGAUCUCGGUGAUUAUCCAAUAGCGGUGAAGGUUCAUUUUCUCGAUUUCUCGGUGUUCGAAAUAACGAGGGACGAAUUUUAUUCGGUGAAACUGCCGCCACCAACCGAGGAUGGCAUCUUUUAUUUCAUGGUAGGCAGAAGUUGCCUGUUUGUAAAACAACCGAAGGAUCUGGUAACGGAAUUGCAAUCGCAGAAUAUAAAGGUCGGCGUGUUUCGCGUCGGAGACUCUUACCCCAUGGCCGAAACCGAGAUAACGUUGCCAGGCUGCAUGUGCGACCAGGUGGCGAUGGCCAUGAACGAUCCCCAGAAUCUGCCAAAACCGUUUAUGGUGAGAGGUAGUUUCAAUCUGUUGGACCCCGGCGAGAAUCCGUCGGGAACAUUGGAGAUGGAAAUGCGACUGUCCUGUUUGGGCCGAUCGAUCAUGACCCACUACGAGCUGCAUCCUAAAUUCUUCACCUUUAGGAACAACAAUCAGGAAAGGGAGUUCUGCGUCAGACGUCUUCUCCCACCCAGUUAUUAUCCGGAAGGCGAGGCUAAGGAGGUCACGGAAUUUUUGGAGAAAACGACGGUGGACGAGCUGAAGGGGAAGGUGAAAGAAGAACCGGCGAAAAAGAGGGCAAGGAGAGACAGGGGGAGGGGGAGGGGGAGGGGGAGGGGACGCGGCAGAUGAUUCGCGAUUUCAUUAUGGAAAUAGAAA